GGACUUGGAGCGCGCCGCGGGGCGGGGCUGCGUGCCGUUCGCCCUCGGUGCCCUUGUUCUUUUGUUAAGCUCUGGGCUUCCCGGCUGUUGCGAAGUUCGCUGUUGCGUGGGUCCCAGGAGCCGGGGAACGGUCCACGAUGAGCCGCGUGCCCAAGAAUCUGCAGGAGCUGAUGAAGGCUAUAACCGGUGUUCGCGGUUUCGAUAGAGUUGUGGAAAAGGUAACUCUCUUCUCUGCUGUUCCUGGGAAAGUGAUUUGUGAAAUGAAAGUAGAAGAAGAGCAUACCAAUAAAAUGGGCACUCUCCAUGGGGGUUUGAUAGCCACUUUAGUGGAUAACAUAUCAACAGUAGCUCUGCUACUCUCAGAGAGGGGAGCACCUGGAGUCAGUGUCGACAUGAACAUAACGUACAUGUCACCUGCUAAAAUGGGAGAAGAUAUACUGAUUACGGCACAUAUUCUGAAGCAAGGAAAAACACUUGCAUUUACCUCUGUGGAUCUGACAAACAAGGUCACAGGAAAAUUAAUAGCACAAGGAAGACACACAAAACACCUGGGAAACUGAGAGAAAAGCCAUGUGACCUGAAGAAACCCAACAAUGAAUAUCAGGUGUAAAUUUGACUCGAACCAAUGUAAUUUUAAAAAUAAAUUAGCACAACCAGGA